AUGGCUCGUACAUUAUUCCUCUUUCUAAUCCUCUAUUUAUUGUGUGUAAAUUGUACUGGUAGAGAGGUCUUCAACAUUACUCGUACUACAUCACUUGAGUACGAUAUAUUUCAAGUGCCUAACUGCAGGUCAUGUUCAAACUUUGUCGAUGCUAGCAAUUAUGGAUCCUCGAGCUGCAAUUGUGCAUGUAAAGCGAAAUCUUCRACGUUUGGUGCUCUCAGCACAGCAUGGAGAUGYCAGGCGAAUGAGAAUGCUAGAAAAGAAGCAGGAUGUACGUUCUACUUUGAAGGAAAGACUGCUACUGAUCCAAUAAAGAUCCUUUCAGGAGAACGGAAAACUUAUAAAAUCCUCAUCCCAUCUAUUUACUCCAAAAUUGAUUAUUCAAAUUCYCGCUACCGUGAAUGCAAUGGAAAUUGGAGGGGACUGGGCACWCUCGUAAAGGCACCUGGRCCUUUUUCCUUGGACCCAAUCCCAGAGAUAUCUGCCGGAAACAAGAUGAGAAAAUUUACAUUCAGGGUCACUAAGAAUGAAAAGUUGCUUGGCGGGAAACUUAUUCGACUUGGCUUAACAACUAGAGGAACUAAGUCUUGUGUUUUGUUUAAGAUAGAAGGAACAACACAGUGUCCUGUGAAUGUCACGCAGCCUUCCUCUACCCAGAGUCCUCCAGUCACAGUACUGACUACUAAUACAAUGACCCACGGGAAGACGAGAUCAACGAAUAUGCCAAUCACCUCUAAAAUAACCAAGGAAACCAGCAAAUCAACAACAGCGCCACCUGCUACUACAACAUCG